GUUAGACCAAUGAGUUAUAAUAUACGACACACCCUUAAUUUUUUAUAUAUAAAGCGGUUGAAACUCUAACGGUUGGCAGUUUGAUUUUUAUAUAAGAGGUAUUUUCCACAAAUUAAAACUUCUGGUUUCCUGAAACUUUGGAAUUUGACACAAUGGCUCAAUAUGGACAGCAAACAGUUGUUGUGGUGCAGCAACCUUCCUUUGGGGAAGCUCCUGUACAAACAACGUGCCCCAACUGCCACAAUACUGUUGUUACCACUGUGGAUAAAAAGGCUGGAUUGUUUGCUUAUUUGAUGGCCUUGAUCAUUUGUCUCCUUUUUUGUCCCUGCUUCUGGAUCCCAUUAGUUAUAGAUAGUUGUAAGGAUACUGAACACACCUGCCCAAGCUGUAAUGCCCAGCUGGGUACCAAUAAACGUCUUUAAACAAGAAGCAGAGGAUUAGUAAGAACAUCAAGAUGAUCUUAUUGGUGGUAAAGUGCUAAAAUAUUGUCCUGCACAAUUGAGAAGGUUAUUCUGUCUUUUUUUUUUUUUUUUCCUGAAUAUAUUUUACUAAAUUUGUGUUUAGAUAGUUUUCAGUAUUUCUACAAAUCAUACUGUCAUGUUUUAACUAAGUUCCAGUGGAGCAGCUCUCUUCUGACAUUUUCCUAGACUAGUGUUAUUGCCUGAAUUUACUGUUAAAGAAAAGGUUAAAUUAGAAUUAUAUGAAAUACUGCUUAUAAGAAAUUUAUUUUGAUGGGUAGUUACAAGUUUGUAUUCAAAACUGCCAUUUCUUUCUGGUGACAACUUUUUUCUUGUGGGUAAAUUUUUGAUGUUGGUUUUUCAAAAAUCUAAGCAUUGCAUAAUGUAUCCAUGUUAUACUUUUAUAGCUACAGGCAAACAGAGAAUUCCAACUAUUCAUGUACAAUGCCAUCAGAGUAUAAAGUCGUAUCUUGCUUGUAGACACACACACACACACACACACACACACACACACACACUCUCUCUCUCUCUCUCUCUCUCACAGCAUUGAGUUUACUGUCAAACUGUCAUUGAAUUCUAAUGAGCAAGUAAAGGUUGAAACAGGGUUGGGCAAUUAGUGGAAUUCUGGUUAAUUAAUCAAUUACAUUUAGCUAAUUGAUUACUCUCACAUAGAUAGUUGGAAUAAUCAGAAACACUAAUUUUGAUUAGUUGGUUAUUUUCAUGACAUUGAUCCACUUAAUCCUAUUUUCAGUUAAUCAGUUAUUUUGUGACAGUAAUUGAUAUUAUAACCAAUGUUCGUAGGUAAUAGAGUUCAUCAAUAAUCAUUAGAAAAUUCGCUAGAAAACAUCAUUCAAGGAUCUUUUUACUGUACUAGUAGACUGAACAUACUUAUCUUCAUUCUGUUAGGUGUUAAUGACAUUUCUAGAUAAAGUAACUUAUAAUAUUCACAUAGAAUGCCAUUAGUUUGUAACCAACAACAAACAAAUCAUUUCCUUCAGCCAGACUAAGGAAAUAGAAUUGUUUUGUUGGAUAAAAUGAACAGUAUUCUAUGUAGUCAUACUAAACUUUGUUAAAAUGGACAACUUUGACAAGUAUAUCUAGAUCAGACCUUAAAAUGUUUUUCUUAAAUAGAGAAAAUAUAACUUCAGUAAUGUUGUUUAUAUAUAGUUAUGGAUAAGACUGCUUAUUUUGAAGGAAGAACUAACAUUUGUAAAAUAUUGUUUGCUUGCUUUCUCUUUAACUUUUUUUAUUUUGUAAGGAUCUUUUUUUUCUAGUAAUUUAGGUGAAGUACAAUUUAUUCUGUGUACCACCAUUGUUUUGUUGGGGGGGGGGGGAAUUAACCAUGCAUUUAGUUUAAAAAAGAUUAAUAAUUAUUAGAAUAAUAAUUUUCUAAUUUUACAAAAAAGAUUAAUAAUUAUUAGAAUAAUAAUUUUCUAAUUUUACAGAUCAGUCAUUUCAUACUAGAUUCUGAAACUGCAUAGUGUAUCUGUACCUAGCUAUCAGUUUUGUUGCCUUAAUCAUCAUAGUUCAUACAGAAGAUACCCAAGUUUAACUUGACAGUAAUCAUUACAAGGUUUCCAACCAGGACUGAUUUAUGCCAUCCUUGAUACUAAUAAUGAAAAUGAAUAACUACUACUUUGUGAUUUUUUUAAUAUUAGUUUCAGUCGAAAUAUAUACCUUUUUAGAAUCUCUAAGUUUUUAUUGAAGGGCAUUAUUUUUAUACUGCAUUACUUGUCUGAUUGCUGCUAUUCAGUUAUAGAAUAUUGAAUACAGAGUUGAAAAUGUAAAGUUAUUUUUGAAAAUCAUAUACAGGUGGAUUUGAUGUUCUUUUGCAAACACUUAACCGGCUGUGUUUUUAAAGAGGAUCUUUUUUUUUUUGGAGUAUAUUGUUUUGCUUCAGUGUUACAUAUGUUUGUUCCUCAUUUUAUUAAUGGCUGAAAUGGUGUGGAAAUACCUUAAUUGUAUGUUUUGAAAACUUAUUUUAAUGCACUAACCUGGAGAGAAUUGAACUUAAUAUAUACAAAACCUAAUGUUUUAUGUCUCCUUUUUUUUUUUUUCUCUUUUACUAUCGAAGCUUUAAAAUUUUAAUAGUUCUAGAGGUGGGGAGAGGAGGGAGUGAAGAAGCUUAUCCAUCCACAAUAUUUACUGAGAUAAUUGCUAGUGCAAUACGUAAUCAGUGAAUAAAAUCAGGGAUACAUGCCUUUACGAUUUUUUGUAUUCCUUGCUUUCUGUGAUCAUAAUAACCUGUAUUGUACAGUUUAACUUUGUAACUUACUCAGAUACAGGCUAUUCUCUGAAGAAUCUUGUACUGGAUGUUAAUCUUGUAAUGAUUUUCCUUCUGUUGUUACUUAAGAUGUGGGAAUAAGUUAAAGUUCACUACACUUGUAUGUAUGUAUGUAUAUCAGUUUUCUUUGAGUUCAUUUUCAGACCAUACAGGUGUUCUGUUUGAUAUCAUCAUGAAAUUGAAAAUUAACAUUGUAGAAAAUCUGUUGAAGGAAGCAUUGAUAUUGAGAAAGAAUAUUUUAAGACUUUGAUAAACCAUUUGAAUCUAUUAUUUUUUGUAUUUUUUUUAGUGUUAAUUACUAACAAUUUGAUAGUGAUUUCUAAAGGGUAAAUAUAAUGUAUUGGACUACUUUUUAUGUUAAGUAUUAAUAUAUGCCUUACCAAAUACUUAGGAAGUACUUGAAUCACAAAUGUAGUUAAAACAAGGGAUACAAAUAACCUGAGUAUUUUCUGUAGGUGGACGUUUUUUUCACUGAGUUAAAGAGGAAAUGGCACAAAAGUAUCGUAUUUAGUAAUGUUAGCCUUUCCAAAAAGUCUAAGAUCUUAUUUAGUUAUUCUUUAAAAAUAACAAUUUUUGGAGCACUUUACCUAGAAUGGUAUUAUUCACUCUGUUCAGGUUUUUAAAAAUAACCAUAGCAUCAUGUUUUUUUAACACUUCCAUGCUUUAGAGCAUGGCAAAUAGUAAAUUGGGUCUCUAACCAGACAUUGUGUAGUUUUCUCUGAAAGAUAUGUUAUGUUUCAAAUUUAAAAAGAAAUAAUUAUAACUUCAUCAAGUAUUUUUUUUGUCUGCCUUAUAAAACAAAUUUCUAAAAGUAAAAUUGUCAUAUGUAAUUGAAAAUAGCUCUGCCAGUAAAACAGUAUUGGAAAGUUUAUAUAUUUCAACAUUAAUCUUGCAUGUUGAUGUUUAAGCUUGCGAACAUAAAUUCAAACUACACUUCCAUUGUGAAAGUUUUGGGAGUGCGUUUCCUAUCACUUUUUCAUGAAGUUAAUUUUUUUAAUAUUUAGGCUUGGUGAAAAUUAAGAAAUUUGAUGUUUUGAAAUUAGUAUUGAGUUUGCUA